GUCAAGUGCGGGACGCGGCUCUGCGCGCUCUGUGUGUCGUUCGGUUCUGUUCAGUUUUGUUUGGUUCAGUUUCUCCUUCAUCCGGUUAACAGAAAAUCGGAAAGAUGGAGAACCAGCAAGUCUGGGUGCGGGAUUCCCAGGAGGGCUUCAUUAUCGGAAAGUUCGUUGACAUGGUCGACGGUGACGCCCUUAUCAUUCCUUUGGACACAAAGUACCCUCAACGCACUUGUCCUCUAGACGAAGUUUAUCCUGCUGGCGAAUACACCAAAGAUGUUGAAGACAAUUGUGCCUUGAUGUAUCUGAACGAAGCCACACUUCUAAAUAACAUACGUACUCGUUACAACAAAGAUAGAAUAUACACAUACGUCGCCAAUAUCCUAAUCGCCGUGAAUCCUUACUAUGAGGUGAAGGACCUUUAUUCACCUCGAACCAUCAAGGCUUAUCAGGGAAAAUCAUUAGGGGAAACGCCUCCACACGUCUUUGCCAUCGCCGACAAAUCCUUCAGGGACAUGAAAGUUCUGAAGCAAUCGCAAAGUAUAAUUGUUUCCGGCGAGUCGGGAGCUGGAAAAACGGAAUCCACGAAAUAUCUUCUCAGAUAUUUGUGCGAUCUUUGGGGAUCGACGGCUGGACCAGUAGAGCAAAAAAUUUUAGAUGCCAAUCCUGUACUGGAAGCCUUUGGAAAUGCAAAAACCAAGCGGAACAACAACAGUUCCCGUUUCGGAAAGUUCAUGGAAGUGCAUUUUGAUGCAAAGUGCCAAGUCGUAGGUGGAUACAUUUCACAUUACCUUUUGGAAAAAUCCAGGGUCUGCCUGCAAAGCUCUGAAGAGAGGAAUUACCACGUCUUUUAUAUGAUGUGUGCUGGCGCUCCUCCCGAGCUUCGAGCCAAACUUGGAAUCACCAAACCUGAUGAUUAUCAUUACCUUAGAAAUGGAUGCACUCAAUAUUUCUGCAAUAACACAUCCGAGAAGAAAUUAAAUAAUAUACAGAAGAGUCGAGACCAGAAUAGCAAAGGGUGUCUUCAUGACCCAAUUCUUGAUGAUGUUGAAGGAUUUGCUGCUAUGGAUCAGGCAUUAAGUCGACUCGGUCUUUCGGAUGUUGAAAAAAUGGAGAUUUACACAAUGGUAGCUGCGGUCCUUCACCUCGGCAAUAUCACUUUUGAAGACAAUCCAGAAGACACAAAAGGUGGUUCCAGAAUACCUCCCAGUUCAGAAAAAGCAGUCUUGAUGUCAGCCAAGUUAUUGUCAGUUGAUCCGGAAGAACUUCGUCAGUCCCUCGUUUCCAAAGUCAUGCAAACAAGUCGUGGAGGCAUCAAAGGAACUGUGAUUAUGGUGCCGCUCAAGGUUUAUGAAGCCAACAAUGCCAGAGAUGCACUCGCUAAAGCCAUUUACAGUAAACUUUUCGAUCACAUCGUGGGUCGAAUUAAUAAAAGCAUUCCUUUCAAAGCUUCCAGUUAUUACAUUGGUGUUCUCGAUAUUGCUGGAUUUGAAUACUUCAAGGUGAACAGCUUUGAGCAGUUUUGUAUUAAUUACUGCAACGAGAAACUGCAACAGUUCUUCAAUGAAAGAAUUCUGAAAUACGAGCAAGAAUUAUAUGCCAGAGAAUCUCUGAAUGUUCCGAAGAUUUCCUACGUUGAUAAUCAGGAUUGUAUUGAUCUCAUUGAAUCUAAGAAUACUGGUGUCUUCAGCUUACUUGAUGAAGAGUCUAAACUUCCAACGCACAGCUUCGCCCACUUUACGAGCGAAGUUCACCGAACAUGGAAUGGACACUUUAGAAUCACAUUACCCCGAACUUCAAAACUGAAGGCUCAUCGUGAACUCCGAGAUGAUGAGGGAUUUGUUAUUCGACACUUUGCUGGUGGAGUUUGCUAUCAAACGAAUCAAUUUAUCGAAAAAAAUAAUGAUGCUCUCCAUGCGUCAUUAGAGGGUCUAAUCCAGGAAAGUGGCAACAAAUUUCUUCGAACCCAAUUUGCCAAUCACUCUAGUCAAAAGGGGAAGCUGACAUUCAUCAGCGUCGGUAGCAAAUUCAAAACGCAAUUAGGCGAAUUAAUGGAUAAGCUUAAGAGUAACGGAACGAAUUUCAUUCGUUGCAUUAAACCAAACAACGAAAUGGUCGCUCAUCGUUUCGAUGGAAACGGCAUUUUGGGACAACUUCGAUGUUCCGGGAUGACUUCCGUUUUGGAACUAAUGGAACAUGGUUAUCCAAGCAGAGUUCCGUUCCAGGAACUUUAUAACAUGUACAAGUCCUACUUGCCUCCUGAACUCGCGAAACUUGACCCCCGAUUUUUCUGUGAGGCUCUACUCCAUAGUCUGCAUCUGAAUAAGAAAGACUUUAAAUUCGGAAUAACGAGAGUCUUUUUCAAACCUGGAAAAUUCGCCGAAUUCGACAAAAUUAUGAAAUCAGAUCCUGAGAAUUUGGAGAAACUUGUAGCCAAUGUGAAAAAGUGGCUCUUGAAAUCAAGGUGGAACAAAAUGCAGUUCUGUGCACUAUCUGUGAUAAAACUGAAGAACAAGAUCAUCUAUCGUCGUAAUCAUCUCAUCGUCAUACAAAAAACAGCUCGGAUGUACAUUGCCAAGAAACAACACCAACCACGAAUAAAGGGAAUCGUAAAAAUCAAGAAUCUUAAGAGUCAGCUUGCAAGAAUGGAGGAGACAUCGAAUCAAUUAAAGACAGCUAAGGAAAAAAGUAUUAGCGAUAUCAAGAGACUUCAGGUGGAUUUGGAAGCUGCGGUCCAGAAAAUUAAGGGAAAUCCAAAGAUCAGAGCAGCCGAGAUUGAUUCGACCUAUUCAAAUUUAGUGAACCAAGUUAACAGACAAAUGGCUUCUUUGCAAGAUAUGGUUAAACAGCAGAAAAUUGCUGAAGAGCAAGAGAGACUGAGAAAGAUACAGCAAGAAAUGGAGAGAGAGAAAAAGAGGAAAGAUGAGGAAGAGCGAAAAAAGAGGGAAGAAGAAGACAAUAGGAGGCAGAGGCAUGAAAUUGAGAGUAGGAGAAAGAUUGAGGAGGUAGAAAGACUAAGGCAGGAAGAGGAAGAUCUAAAAACCGCGGCUGCUCUUCAGGCACAACUGGAAAAAGAUGAGGUGGAAGAAUGCCAUUACCGUGAGAUCCUAGAACAAGAAAGAAGAGACCAUGAGUUGGCACUAAGACUUGCUCAGGAAUCCAACGGACAAGUAGAAGAUUCCCCUCCUUUAUCACGCAGCGGUCCUGACUCAAGGGUAACAACGACAAGCAACAAUAGGCUCAUAAGGUCAGAACAAGUUCGUAAUCAACAGGCAGCAAUGACGAAUAAAAAAUACGACCUAUCAAAAUGGAAAUAUUCAGAAUUACGAGAUGCCAUUAAUACGUCAUGUGAUAUUGAACUCCUUGAGGCAUGUCGACAUGAAUUUCAUCGCAGACUGAAAGUGUAUCACGCUUGGAAAGCAAGAAAUAGAAAACGCACGACAAUGGAUGAAAAUGAAAGAGCGCCAAAAUCUAUUAUGGAAGCAGCAUCAAGAACACCACAUACACCACUAAAACAGCCGAUUGUCGAAUCCUCUCAAAGAUUCUUCAGAAUUCCAUUUGUUCGCCCGCCUGCACCUGGCCAAUCUGAUAAUCCGAACACUGGAGGAAAAAGGGGUUGGUGGUAUGCCCAUUUUGAUGGACAGUAUGUUGCGAGACAGAUGGAGUUACACCCCGAUAAACCACCCAUUCUAUUAGUGGCUGGCAUUGACGACAUGCAAAUGUGUGAGCUGAGUUUGGAGGAGACUGGUUUAACAAGAAAACGUGGAGCUGAGAUCCUGGAGCACGAGUUUAAUCGUGAAUGGGAACGUCACGGUGGCAAACCUUACAUCAUACCUGGUGACCGCAAGAAAUGAAUCUUCAUUUCACGUGCUUGAUUAGCGAUCAAAACGUGUUUUCCAUUUUAAAUGACAGAAUCCGAUGCACGAUUCACGUCACAGACAGAUGCAAAAACGUAACAAACUUUUUGCAUUCCUCACUUUUUUAUGACUUCAUUCUUGUGCAAACUGAUUUUGUUCUAAGCAAACAAAUUUAUUCUCAGAAUUAUUUCAGGUUCGAAUGCGAGUGGAGAAGUAACAUUAAUUUAUUUUACAACUCUAUAAUAACAAUUGUUCUUCCACGAAAAUUUAUUUCGCUGAAAUCAAUUCAUUUAAAUAUUUUGUUUUCCUUUACUUUUUUGCUCUUCAAUCGAUACUAGACAAAUCGCAUGAUAAGAAAGUGCCUUCACUGCUUUCGUAUUAGAAACUUAUAAAUAAUAUUUUAAAAAGUAGUUAAAACAUUUUCUCCUAGAGGGAUGAAUAUUAUAUUUAAAAAAAGAGAAGAUUGUCGAAUAGACCUUCUAAAUAAAUACAUUUCUUGUGAUUAAUUCGUCAAAAACUUCUCUUUUUUUCUACAGAAGUUUCAAACAUAGUUUUAUUUCCGGAAGAAAUUUUCCCAAUAGAAUAAAAAAUAUUCAAGUAUUUAUGCGAACGAGUGUCUACGCAAUGAUAAGUAUUUUUAUCAUGUAUGAUAGUUUCGCCUUCGGGUGGAUAUUUAGAUAAAUACUUAUAGUUUAUUCAUAAAAUACAGUGUAAAAGACGAUAGAAUGUGAUGUUACUUUCAAAUAAAUAUAUAGAGGAGAGUUUAA